CGGCGCAGGCAGGCAGGCAGGCAGCGCUGGGCUGAGCUGGACGCUGGACGCGGAGGGUGGCGGUCCGCUUCGCCGGAGGCUCCGCCGCGUCUCCUUCCCUCCCUGCUGCCAUGACCGACACCUUGCUGCCUUCGGGCUGCCCGGCGCCGGAGCCGCGGGGCGACGGCUACUUCCGAAAGGGUUGUAACCCUCUUGCAGAGACUGGACGGAGCAAAUUGCAAAAUCAAAGAGCAGUCCUCAACCAACAGAUACUGAAAGCAGUGAGAAUGAGAGCUGGUGCUGAAAAUCUUCUACGAGCAACAACCAACAACAAAGUGCGAGAGCAGGUGCUUCUUGAACUCAGUUACGUAAACUCAGAUCUGCAGAUCCUCAAGGAAGAGCUGGAAGGACUCAAUAUUUCAGUCGAAGUCUAUCAGAACACUGAGGAAGCUUUUAGCAUUCCUCUUAUACCGCUCGGCCUAAAAGAGACCAAAGAUGUUGACUUUACUGUUCUGUUGAAGGAUUUUAUUCAGGAACACUACAGCGAAGAUGGUUCUGAAUAUGAAAAUGAAAUUGCUGAUCUUAUGGACCUGCGACAGGCCUGCCGUACUCCUAGCAGAGAUGAAUCUGGAGUUGAGUUGCUGAUGAGUUAUUUUGUUCAGCUCGGCUUUAUUGAGAACCGAUUUUUUUCACCUAACAGGCACCUUGGAAUUUUAUUUACAUGGUAUGAUUCCUUCACGGGUGUCCCUGUCUGUCAGAAGAAUUUGUCGCUUGAAAAAGCCAGUAUUUUAUUUAACAUAGGAGCUGUCUACACCCAGAUUGGUACAAGAUGCAAUCGGCAAACUCCAGCUGGACUUCAAAAGGCAAUUGAUGCAUUUCAGAAAGCUGCAGGAGUUCUGAACUACCUAAAAGAGACGUUCACUCAUACUCCGAGUUACGACAUGAGUCCUGCCAUGUUGAGCGUGCUGGUCAAGAUGAUGCUUGCCCAGGCUGAGGAAUGUGUCUUUGAGCAGAUCUGUCUUCCUGGAAUAAGGAAUGAAUUCUUCACCCUUGUGAAAAUGGCCCAAGAAGCUGCCAAGGUUGGAGAAACUUACAUGCUCGUUAAUAUAGCAAUGAAUCAAGCACCAGUUAAAGAGAACAUACCUUAUUCUUGGUCAAAACUGGCCCAAGUGAAGUCGGACCACUUCAGAGCCUUGGCACAUUAUUUUGUUGCAACGAUUUUAAGCGACCAUCAAUUACGUGAAAACGAUGAUGAAGACCAACAGGAAAAGGCCUUCUCCCAACUGUACGACCACAUGCCAGAAGCUCUGUCACCCUUGGCUAUUUUAAGGGACAGAGUUCGACGCAAACAACUAGGAAAAGCCCACUUGAAGAGAGCUCUCGUUUGUCAUGAAGAAGCCUUAAGAGUUUGCAGCCUGUGCAAAAAACUCCGGAAUAUAGAGGUUCUCCAGCAAAUUCUCGUGGUUGCACACAAGCGAUCCCUGCUCAAAUAUUCACAGCAGGAAGUAGAAGAUGAUUUCUUGAGUUUGUUGCCAGCUCCUGAUAUCCUUUCUAAGACAGACCAUAAAAUAGAAGUUAUUGCUCCUCAGUUUUCCAAGGUGAAAGUCAAAGACUUCUUUGAGAGACUGGGUCCACUUACAGUGUUUUCAGCAAAGCAGAAGUGGACUGCUCCUCGCACAGUUUGUUUUUGCUGUGAAGCUGGGAACCCGGGAUUUACCCUGAAAGGAGGCCCCCCUGUGCACAUUCAUGGUCUUGAUUUAGUUUCUCCUGCAGCAUUGGCAGGUCUGAAAGAAGGAGACUGCAUUGUUGCCAUUGAAGGCACGGAUUGCAAAUGGCUGGGAGUGGCUGAGGUCUGGGAGAAGAUCCAGAACUUGAAAGAGCAAAAAAUGGAGAUGCAAGUGAUCAGCUGCCAAGAUACUGUGCCUUCCGUCCACAACAAAAGCGCAACUUACUCUGUAGGAAUGCAGAAAACAUACUCGCUGGUUUGUUUGGUCAUGGAAGAAGAUAAAACAGAUCAGGCCAAGAAAGGAACUCCUAAACUGUCCUUUUUGAGUUGGGGAACAAAGAACAGGCAGAAGGCAGCCAGCACACUCUGCCUUCCUGCUGCUGUAACUGGAAGUUCUCCAACUAAGAAGAAACUCACAUCUCCUUUCACGCUUCUGAGUACCGAUAGCUCCUUGUACUAAAAUGGAAAAAGGUGGUUUCUUCAUCUAGAAACCUGAAUAUGUGCCAUAAAUACGAUGUGUAAUUGUAGUCAACCUGGAAUAGUCCUGGAUGUACAGCCCACUCAGCUCAAAUAUGGCCUUCAAUUGCAUUAUUUUUAAGGAUUUUGUAUCGAAUUUGCUGGUAAAGCAGACCAUUUUCAUCAUGAUUACUCUGGAAGUUUUUUUUUAUUUUUUUAAUGGCUGUAUGGGGUUCUGUCUUCCUAUUACCUAUUACUUAUCUUGUAAAACUACCGAUAAAGCUGUGUACAGCAUGUAAUAGAUGUUAUCAUGCUGCAAAGAUCAUGAAGGAUUAUUUAAAAUGUGACAAUGAUAUAACACAGUAUCAGCAGUUCUGAAUGAAGGUGAGCUGAAUCUUCUCUCUGUCCUUUCAGAUGGAGGACAACAGUUGUUUGCCAAGGUAACUCAGAAUUUAGGAGUAGUUUCUCUUGUUAUUUACCUUCAUGCAGUCAUACUGACAUCCAGUGAUAUUAGGGAGGAAUCAGUGGGUAGAAGGCUCAGUUGUCUGAGAGUUAAACACUUUCACACUGUACAGAAACACAGAGAAGCAGUAUUUUGGAAGACUUGGGUGGUGCAGAGGACUUCCAUGGAAUAAAUCUCUGGUCCAAAGAACAUCACAUCUUCUUGGUACAUUACAACAGAUCAAGGGGCGCAACCUCUUUGUGGCUUAGAGUGCUGUAACAUAUUAAGGGACUAGGAUGUAGGUGGUAUAGAAAAGGCCCACAUAACUGUCUCUCACCGGACCUUUCAUUAGCAUACAACAAUUGGGAAUACUCCUGUGCUUUGAGAGAUUGCUUCCUGAUACUCCAGUCAGUUCUGGUCAGCUUUUAAAAUCCUAAUCAUGCUAUGUUUGGAGCAUUGUGGGAAAUUAAAAUGGCAGCCACCCAGUGAUGUUUACAUUGCAUCACUCGUCACUAGGGAAGUUCACCAGGUGGCUAAGAUCUGGCUGAAACUUGGUGCUGGCCCUUCAGAAUUUAUGGCAGCCCCACAAGAUGGAUUCACACAAAAAUAAGUUACAUGCUGCUGUAAUAUAUAGGUUAGGACUGGGAAACUGGCUAUUUAGAUGUUGUUGAACCCUGAUUCUCAUUGGCAUGGUCAGUGUUGAGGUACAGUGGGGCUAACAGUUAAUCAAUAUUGAAAAAAGUGCAAGUUCUUCAUGUCUGGUGUAGUUGGUACUGUGGUUAAAAAACAAUCACAUUGAUCUUCUGCUAGAAAAGGUCAGUAGUCCAAAUAUUUCAGAAUUAAGCUUUUUAGUUUACAUGGUUUGGUCUGGAGCUUCAUAUCUUAAGCGAAACAAUAAUUAUGGUAGAGAUGACGAGCUAAAAAGGCUACAUAUUGCAACUCUGAAACUUUGGACAGGAAGAGAUGUGGGGAAAACAGAACAACCACUUGGGCCCAAAUUAAACUGCCAACGUCUGCCAAGUUUCACUUUAAAAUUUAUGUAUACUUCAGUGACAGCAAGUCUGAAGUCCGUUUCCAAAGAGCUUGCAAUGUAACAAACAGUGCCUUAAAUGAAAUCUAGGAAUUGCUCCAGGGACCUGUCCAACUGGUACUGUGACUUUUUUUUUCUUCCUCUGUAAGCUUUGUACUUUACUGCUGCUUUUAUUUUUUUAAGUUGCAGGUUGCUAACACAGUCCUGUUAGGCUGAAAUGUUGUCUACAGAGUAGAUCUUACAAUGUUUGAUAGCCAAAACUUUUUGAAGCAUGCAAAAUCUUAACUCCUGCCUGAACUUGUGGAGGGGAGAGGGACAUACCUCAAGGAGCAGUGGAGUUGUAAGGGGCUUCCCUGAUAGGAAAUGUGAGGAAAUAUUUUCUGUGGAGCUUUUUUCUUUGUUUCCUCCUUCUGUUUUGUUUUUGCAAAGAUCUGGACAUUGUAUUAAGUCCUAUUUCUCUCUUUUUUAAGAAGCUUUUUUCGAACAUGGUGUAAAUACCUAAAUGUUUAAAUUUUAUUUAAGAAUGAAUCUGCAUUUUUAUGUAUGAUAAAAAAAUUAUUUUCUGCCGCAGUUAAUGAACCGAAUAAGACGUGCUACUUUUCUUCACUGUUGAUGUUUGUUUAGAAUGCAGAUAUAAACCCAUUUGUGUUAUAGAAUCCUUCUGUGAAAGGAAAUCAUGAAUAGCUGCUGCUCUUUAUUUGUUGUUGGUGUUGUGCAAUAUCUCAAUCGAUGUUUGGAACUGAUCCUAGAACGUAAUAAAAUGUAUACAGAAAGCC